GGCGGCGGCGGCGGCGGCGGCGGCGGCGGGAGCGCGGGGCGCGGGCGGAGCCGCUGCCGGUGCCGGUGCCGGUGCCGGUGCCGCUGGCGGCGGCGGUGCCGGAGGGUCCGUCCAUGCCGCCAUGGCCCCCGCGGCUCGCCGGCCCCGCGCCGCCCUCGCCCUGCUGCUGGCGCUCGCCGCCCUCGGCCCCGCCGCGCCCGCGUCCACGUGGGCCCCCCGAAACGCCAGCGAGGCCGAAGGCCGGGGCUGGACGACGGCCCCCGCGAGCAGCGAUGCCCCGGAGGCCGCCCACAACGGCACGAGGCCCGGGGGGCCGCCGGCGGCCAGCGCGGCCCCCCGGCUAGAGCCCCCCGGCGCCACGGCCGCGCCGGAGCCCGCGGCGGGCGCGGGAAAGGCCCCGCCGCCGUGUUUCGGCUGCCCGGGCCCCGCGGCGGCCCCCCGGCCUCGCGGAGGCCCGGAGGAGGCCGGCAGCGGCGAGCCUCCCCCUCCACCCGCCGCGGGGUCCCGGGGCGCUACGGAGGGGCCGGCGGCACUGGGUGCCCCCACGGCGGGGCCGGCCCGGGACUGGGAGCCGCUGGCGGCCGCCUCCAGCGCGACCCCGGCGCUGGGAGCCCGCGGCCGGGCCGACGGGGCCCGGGCGGGCAGCGAGGCGGCCGUCACCGCCGCGCCGGGCACGGCCGAGGCGCCCGGGGGCCGCGGGGCCGCCGAGAUCCUCGACGCCGACUACUACGAGCUGGUGGCGGGGGCGGCGGGCGGGGCGGCCACGCCGUGGGGCCUGCGCGAGCUCUACGACGACCUCGCGCCCUUCGAGGAGGCCGAUUUCUACCCCACCACCUCCUUCUACACCGAGGGCGACGAGGAGGAGGACGAGGAGGAAGAGGAGGAGGAGGAGGAGGCCGGGGGGCUGGAGGACGAGAACGGCCCGCCGGCGGCCACCCCGGCGGCGGCGGGGCCGGAGCCGCGACCCACGGGGCGCCGCGCCGCCGCCCCGCCGCCGCCGCCCGCCGUGGGGCCGGGGGGCCCCGCGAACGGCACCGAGUGCCGCGGCGGCUUCGUGCGCCACAACGGCUCCUGCCGCUCCCUCUGCGACCUGGUGCCCAGCUACUGCCACAACGGCGGCCACUGCUACGUGGUGGAGGGCCACGGGGCCGUCUGCAGGUGCAACACGCAGGCCUACACGUGGCACAAGGGCCCGCGCUGCGAGGCCGUCGUCACCGACUUCCAGGUGCUGUGCGUGGCCGUGGGCUCGGCCGCCCUGGUGCUGCUGCUGCUCUUCAUGCUCACCGUCUUCUUCGCCAAGAAGCUCUACCUGCUCAAGACGGAGAACAGCAAACUGCGCAAGACCAAAUACCGCAGCCCGUCCGAGCUCCACAACGACAACUUCUCCCUGUCCACCAUCGCCGAGGGCUCGCACCCAAACGAGGAGCCCGGCGGGGCCGCCAAGCCGCGGGGCUCGCUGCAGUCCUGCGGCAAGGAGGAGGAGGCCCUGGGCCCGCCCGGCGCCCCGUCGCCCCAGCGCCCCGGCCCCAAGGGCGAGCAGGACGGCGCCGGGGCCAACUGCCUGCCCAACAGCCUGGCCUAGCCGCGACGCUCCUCGUCCCCGUCCCCCCCUAUUCGGUAUCGCUCCCCCCCCUCUCCGUGGCAUGCUUUGGUGUGUUUUGUACAGAGAAAAACGACAAAAAACUAGAAAAAAAGACCCCCCCCCCCCCCAAAAAAACCUCGCCGGGCCGUGCGGCGGCGGGUCGGUCUCUGCUCUGUGUGUCCCGCUUGGGUUAGUGCGCGGCUGUGAUUUCUAAACCUCCGCUGUGACGCCACUGACUUUUUUUGUACUUUCCCCCCCCACACUUUUUUUGAAAUACGAGUUGAUAAAAAAAAAAAAAAAGAGAGAAAGGAAGAUCUCGAAAUAAACUUUUUUUUUUUUUUUUUU